CGACAGCCGACAGCUCCUCAGACCUUUACGGACAAUUUUAUUCUCACGUGGUUAAGGAGAGGGUGCGUGUAGUACCACGAAAAAGAGACAAAAUGAUGUUUAGUUUCAAAUGGAAAUUAAUGACCAUUAAAACUCGCUAACGGGAAAUGGUGGACCGUCGGCCAGCAAACCGGAAUAUUUUAUUUAUGUCCGGAGUAUUUCGUAAUUUGUAUUCUACUGCUCAUGCCUCAUGUCACAAUUUUAUUUGGGGGAAAACUGACGUGUGUUGAGAGUUUUGGUGUCGAAAGAGCGCAUUUAGAAACGAUAGUUUUUUUUUGUCGAAUACUUAUCCGCAGCCAAAUUAUUCAUUUAUUAACAUUAUGCAUAGUAGACGAAAAAUGAAAUACCGCCUGGAAGACGUACAUUUAUAACCAUUAUUAUUGUCAAACACAUUUGUCUAAAGGUGUCCAAUAUCCCCUUUCAAUAACAAGGACCCAAUAAAAAGCCGAAAGAAUGGCUCAAGUUGUGGGGCAGAAAAGACGGGGCAUUAGUUGUAACGAAACAUCCUCCAGUGGGCCUACCCAAUUGUCAGCCCUGGGCUCGGCGCCUGGUACCCUUACAGAUGAACUUGCUGCAUUAUUUGAAUGUCCAGUAUGUUUUGAAAUAGUUUUACCACCAAUAAUGCAAUGUCAGGUUGGGCAUUUGGUCUGCGCCAGUUGCCGACCUAAAUUAUCCUGUUGCCCAACAUGUCGUGGUACAUUAGGAAAUAUAAGAAAUCUAGCAAUGGAAAAAGUAGCCAAUAAUUUGAUGUUUCCCUGCAAACAUAAGUCAACUGGAUGCAGAAUGUCAUUAGGUUUAAAUGAAAAGGCAGAACACGAAGAAGUUUGUGAAUUUCGUCCUUAUAGUUGCCCUUGUCCGGGUGCCUCCUGCUCCUGGCAAGGGCAAUUAGAUAAAGUGAUGGUUCAUUUACAACAUUCCCAUAAGAAUAUAACCACACUUAAUGGUGAAGACAUAGUUUUUUUAGCGACUGAAAUUAAUUUAGCCGGAGCGGUUGAUUGGGUGAUGAUGCAGAGUUGCUUUGGUCAUCAUUUUAUGUUAGUAUUGGAGAAACAAGAGAAGAGCGAUGGACACACACAGUUUUUCGCUAUUGUUCAACUUAUUGGGUCUCGAAAGCAAGCAGAAAGGUUUGCGUAUAGAUUGGAAUUAAACGGCAAUCGACGUCGUUUAAUUUGGGAAGCCAUGCCGCGGUCCAGCCACGAGGGGGUCGCGUCGGCGAUAAUGGGAUCUGAUUGCCUGGUCUUUGACAACUCAAUUGCCCAACAUUUUGCGGAUAAUGGAAAUUUGGGUAUAAACGUUACCAUUUCAUUAGUGUGCUAAAUAGUUUUGUCAAAAAUUGGUUAUUUAUAAGACUUAUUAGUUAGUUCUAGUUCGGUUGUAUAUAUACAUAUAUUUCUACUUAUUUCAAUACCUAUGAUACUGAUUAUAUUUCCUUUAUUGUGUUAUAUGUAUUUUGAAAUUUGAUUUUUAAAAAUUUACACUGUGUCCAUGAAUAUAAACUGAUCUAGGUUUUUACUGUCUGAGGAAAAACAUCCUCCACGCAAAGCACUACGAAAGUGAAGCGACUAUUUACAAUUUCUGCGUAUGUUUCUUUAAAUUCCCUAUUGUAAAUACACUUAGAAAUGCUUUGAGUGACGGAUUGUUUAAAAAGAAAAGUUGCUUUUGCAAACUUGAAGAUAAUAUAAUAUCUCAAUUAGGUAUUAACUAACAAUUGUGAUAUAAAAGUACAGUUAACUGGUUCCAUGUAACAUAGUACCUACACUAUCAAAAAGGAUAAUUUUUAUUAUUAUUUGAGCUAUAUCGUUUAAAGCGCUGUUAUGUCGAUUGGUUCUUGGAAUGACUCAACUGUCCACUAUUAAGUGUGUUUUGUUGGUGGCAAUCUAGCAGAAUCUUUCAGGGAUGACGUCCCAAAAAAUUACAAAUAGACUGAUUUUAUUAUUUAUAAUUAUAUUGAUGUUUCAUGUGUAUGGAUAUGUAAUUAUUGUAAGUAUGAAUGGAGGUGUUUGUAACAAAAAAGGUUUCUCCUUAUAUCAACUGAGAUUAGCUGUCUAUUGUUUUUAAGUAUUCAAUUUUCCCAUUUUCCUACGAAGUCUGGGCUUACGAGAAAACUGGUGUACAAAAAUCGCUUUAGCCUAGCUGGUGAAUCUAGAUUGCCGCUGGUUUGUCUUUAUCGAAUUAAAGGCUAAUCAAAAAGUGCAGUUUAAUUCAUAGAAAUAAGCCUUAAGCGUUGCUUCCACUUAAAAACCAAAUAAAAUUUUAUGAACUACACUGCACUAGGUCUAUUUUUUAGCUUAAGGAAUUUAUGUAAUUGCGAUAAAUUAAAAUU